AUGUUGUAUGGAGAGGGGAGGGUGGGAAUGGGUAUUAUGUGGUGGUAUUUCGAGUUCGUCAACUGGAGAGUUAAAAGUGAUCAACAUCAAUGGGAAGUCGUUAUAAGAUAUAAACAUUUUAGAGUAUUUCAAAUUAAUAAUGAGGUUUUUAAUUCAUCCUCAUCAACACCUUCUUCCAUUUAUUCACCUUCUUCAUCUGCACUUGGUGGUAGUAAUUAUAAUUAA